UCUCAAUUCUAUUUCUUUGUUUUUCUCUUUAUACACUGUAGAACCUCGAAAAUUGAGCAAUCGAAGCAAAUUACUUGUUUACUUUUUUCAUUAAUUCCUAUUGCUCUUUUCAGCUAUGGCUUUAUAUGGUGAGGCUGAAACGACAUCAUCAUCAAUUGGUGAGGACAGAAUUUCGAUGCUACCCGAUGCACUCAUCACUCACAUCCUAUCGUUUCUUCCCACAGACGAUGCUGUUCGGACGUGCCUUAUUUCAAAUCGUUGGAAACUCAUAUGGCAUUCAGUACCCACACUCUCUUUCUCUGAUAUUGAUUAUGUAUCACCACAGAACCUCUACAAAUUCGUGAAUGAUUAUUUGAAACACAGAAAGAGAGGUAUGUAUUAUAACAUCCCUUCAGUCAUAACAAGUUUUAAGCUUGACAUGAAAUAUUGCUAUCAAACAACCAAGUCUGUGUUCCUAGAUAAAUGGUUAGACUUUGCAGUUAAGAAUAAAGUCAAGGAGAUACAUGUUUGCUUGAACUCUUAUUCUGAGGGUGAAAACAAUUACUGGUUAACUGAAACAGUUUUCAAUGCAAAAUAUUUGACUGUUUUGGAGUUGGAAAGGUUAGAUUUGAAUGCUGCCUAUUCAAUUAGCCUUCCUGCGUUGAAAACUUUGUCAUUGAAAUUUUGUUUCUUUCAUGGUGAUGGGUUAUCAAAGAUUUUGAUUGGCUGCCCUUCGCUUGAGAAAUUGCAGAUACUUACUUGUGUUAGUAUCAAGUCUAUUGAUAAGCUUCGUUUAGAAAGUUCAACCCUCAAGUUCCUAAAAAUUGAAAAUUUCUUUAAUGCAUCUUUUGAUAUUGUACCUGUUCAAGUUGAAGCCACAAAUCUUGAGUCUUUGGAUAUAAGAGGAUUUUUUAACAUUCAAAACUCAUAUUCUUCUGUAUGCAAGGCAAUUAGGAACCUCACACUAACUUUUUAUGAUGAUGAUUGCAUUGAAGACACAUCCUCAUUAAAUUAUAUUAUUUCCAACCUUCCGGUUCUUGAGAAUUUGACUUUGAAGGAUUGCUAUAGACUGAAAUUGAAGCACCGCUUGCUCAUAAAAAUCUCUAAUCAACAAUUGAAGAGUUUCAAUUUGAAGAAUGAGGGUUCUAAAUAUGAGUCAUACAAUCAUGGAAUGAGUAUUAUUAUUGAAUCAGCUCCAAAAUUGGAAUCAUUUUAUUACGAAGGUAAUAUCAACUUUAGCAUAGCAACGGAGUCAUCUAAUUUAUUGAAUGGAAAAUUUGUGAUUUUUGAUCCACACGAGAACUAUGACUCAAAUUGGUUUAAUAGUAUGAUGAUUUUUCUUCUAAAUCUCAAUUGCUCUUGGAAUACUGUGACGCUGCAUGUGCACUCAGAUAAGGAUCUCAUCUUGUCAGAAGAUCUCAAAAGAUUAUAUCGUUCUCCUUUACUUAAUUGGAAGCAUCUCAAAAUUAUUACUGAUGAUAAGCCACAAAAAGAGUCAGACCUGAAAGAUGCUCUGAUGUGGAUCUCACCCUCCUUAGAAACAUUAUCUAUUAAUGAAAAUGUCAUACUUUAGUUGUAACUGAUGACUAUGAGCAUGAAUAAUUCAUCUUUUAUUUGUUUUGUCUGCUAAUGUUGCUACUUUUGUCCUUUUGAGA